UCUUCUUCCAUAAAUCAUUUCAUUUCCUCAAAAUAUGCCACCAUUUGCUGGGCUGGCAACGAACCCGGAUCCGACCCGGACCAAACCGGACUCUAACAUCGUGACCGUCGAUGUGGGUGGCCAGAUCUUUCAAACCACCAAGCAAACCUUAACCCUAGGCGGCUCCAAAUCGUUGUUCUCUAGAGUUUCGGAGUCGCCGUUCAUCGACCGGGACCCGGAGCUGUUCUCGAUCCUCCUUUCGCUUCUCCGAACCGGGAAUCUUCCGUCGAAGGCCAAGGCGUUCGACAUCCAGGACCUGAUCGAUGAGGCGCAGUUCUACGGCGUCGAACCCCUUUUGGUGAACUCGCUCUCGAACCCGUCCCAGUUCGACGCGUUCAACCUCGAGAAGUCGCUGGUUCUGCCGCUUAACGGCCGGGACUCGCCUUCCGCGAUCGCGACGACGCCGUUCGGGUCGGUUCAUGUGGCGCACGGUAGCAAGAUCACCUCGUUUGACUGGUCGCUGAGGAGGAAAUCCACGGUCUUGACCGAGUUUACGGCGGUGGAUUCCCUGCUGGCGAUAUCUCCGUCGCUGGCGGCAGCCGGAGCCACCGACUUCUCGGGGCUCCAGAUUCUCGACCUCGAAAAUGGGUUCGUGAGAAAGAGCUUGAAUUGGGAGAAUGUGACCCGGUCGGGCUCGACGGUUCAGGGAAUCGGGUCGUCGCCGGAGUUUUUGUUCGCGAGCUUCGAAUCGGCUCGGAGGAAUUCGAAUUCGAUUAUGGUUUACGAUUUGCAGAGCUUGAGUCCGGCGGCCGAGAUCGGUCACUGCGAGAUUUACGGUGCCGAUAUUGACUCGGCGAUACCGGCCACGAAACUGAAUUGGGUUUCGGGCUACGGUUUGUUAAUGGCUUCUGGGUCUCACAGCGGGCCUUCAGGAGUAUUUGGCAACAUCAAGUUCUGGGAUUUAAGGUCUGGAAAUGUGGUCUGGGAGGUCAAGGAGAAAGUAGAUUGCUUUUCGGACGUAUCGGUUUCGGAUGACUUAUCGGGGAUGUUCAAGGUCGGCGUGAACUCCGGGGAGGUUUUCUUCGCGGAUUUGCGCAAUCUGGGGGGUGAGAAUUCGUGGGUUUGUCUUGGGGAUGGGAGGAAAGUUGUGAAUGGGGGGAAGAAGGAAGGUGUUGGGAGCAAGAUUGAGAGCCAUGGCAAUCAAGUGUUUUGCAGCAAGGGAGGAGAUAUAGAGAUGUGGACAGAGGUGAUGAUGAUGGGGCAUUCAAAGAAGAGUGAAGAUGGGUUGGAGGGUAGGGUGUUCAGGAAGAACUCAUUGGGGAGAGUGAAGGAUAUGGGAGGCUCCAAGAUAACCAACUUGGCUUUUGGAGGGAACAAGAUGUUUGUGAGUAGGAAGGAUCAGCAGAAUGUGGAGGUUUGGCAGAGUUCAGUGAGGGGAUUUUGACCUCUCAGAACUCAGGGAUUGAUUCAAAUUGUUUGGAAUCAAUGCUUUCUUGUUUUUGUAUAUUGGUUCAUAGCUUGAUUCAUUUGUAAUUGAUGAAUGGUGAUUUCUUUCAUUUUGCUUUGAUAAAUCAAUUAACGCGGUAAUUUUUGACA